AUGCCAACUCCUGCACCUCAUCGCUACACUGUAUCUGUGCCUGGCCCUCCUCUGGACUUUUCUUUUCGCAAUUUGAGCAGCUUGUCGGACUUGAACAUAGACAGUAGCGCGAGGCCGGAAGCAGCAGACGCUGCCCUGCAGCAGCAGCAGCAGCAGCAGCAAGAGGGAGGUGCCCUCUCUGCGGGUGCCGCGUUGCUGCUGGAGCCGGCGGAUGCGGUGUCGCCGCCAUCUGCCGCUGCUGUAGCAGCAGCGGCAGCAACAGCAGCAGCAGCAGCAGCAAGCGGGAAAGCCCGCAGGUCCGUGUCCAGCUCGCCCGUUGUGCGCAAGUCCGUUUGCCUCACGCGCAGCGACAGAGUGGUGUCAGUUUGCUGCUUCGGCCUGAAGAGCAGCAAAGAAGCAGCAGCAGCAGCAGAGAAGAGCCGCAGCACGCAGCAGCAAAAGGUGCUGGUGAAGAGACACACAACAGCAGCGCGCUUCAACAACAACUUGCUGCAGGAGGCGCCCGGGCUGGGCCUGCUGCUUCGGGGCCUGCUGCAGCAGCCGCAGCAGCAGCUGCUGUGGCUGGACUUGUCUUUCAACUGCUUCAAAGCCAUUCCUGCUGCUGUUGCGCAGCUGCAUGCGCUCGUGUGUCUGUACAUACACUGCAACCAAGUCCUCCACGGCUCUUCUCUUUUCUUUUUGCGACAAAAUAAAUCUCUCAAGUUCCUCACUCUCAUGGCGAACCCCGUCGAGCUCCUCCUCGGCAAACAAUACAGGCUGACAGUGUUGGCCGCUUUGCCCUCCCUCAAGGCCCUCGACUUCUCGCCUUUUUCUGCGGACGAGCGCAGCGCCGCCUCGCGCCUAAACCCCGAGUUGAUUAUCAAGCGAGCUGCCAAGCAGCAGCAGCAGCAGCAGCAGCAGCAGCAGCAGCAGCAGCAGCAGCUGCAGCAGCAGCAGCGCAAGGAGCGCCAGUAG